UUUACGUUUUAAUUUAGGAAAUGCUACUAUCUCGUAAGGCGAAUCACAUUGAAUCUGGCAGUAUGAAACGUGCGGUAAUGUUAUAUGUUUAUGUUAAAGAGCUAUUUCCUCUUUUCUGUUUUUAGUGCGACAACCGACAAUGAAGCGUGUUGCACAUUUUUUUUUUUUUUUCGAUAAUUCUACUUUACUCUAGGUUAGGUUAUUUGUCCAUACUCAAUGAUAUUUACAUAUGCGAUGUACCAACGUUGCUCAAAUGCUCACAUAUCUGAGGAAAACAGUGAAGCCAAACGGGCUCUUUUUAAACAAGAGUCAGUCAACUUUGGAUAUGAUGCUUCUUCGUAUGCUAAUUAUUCAUCAUCGUCAUCAUCGUCUACUACAUCCUCUACUAUCACUCAACCUUUGCCUGGACAACCACCUCUGCCUCCUAUGCCUCCGCUGACGCCGUCCAGUGGAGUUCCACCUCCAUCACAUGUAUUUAGACCAGUGCCUUCCCAAAUGACUCCCAUUCAAUGGACACACACACGUACUCCUUGGCAAUGGAUAACACCACAAACAUCUCCUUUGCCAACUCCUUCAACUCCUCCGCAUGAUAUUGCUAGUACAAUUCCCAGAGAGAUUCCACUAAGGGGUAACUAUGUACAUCGCGAAAGGUUCACUCACAAUAGGAACAGUAUGUAUAUUCAGAGAAAUAAUUUUCACCGUAAAAAUAGACGAGUAAUACGGUUUGGACAGCCACAAAGUCAAUUUGAUCAAGCUGUAUAUUUUGGUGCUGCAACUUUGACAGAUAAUCUUGCAGGAUUACAAUGGCAAAGAGAUAUUUAUAAUGCAGCAGCGAGUGAUGAUAUAAGAAACCACAUGACUGUUCCUCUAGCUUCCCAUUCCAUAUCUCCCAUCCCACCAGGAAUCGUGAGCAAUAGGCAUAACGAGGAGACUGAGGAUCAGGAUGUGAAAAUUGAAAAGGUAGUAAAGAAAAGUAAACAAAGGAAGCCAAUGUCUCAAAGUUAUGUAAAUAAACCAUGGAAUAGAGAAGAUGCAGAAAGGGCUUUAAAAAUUGAAAGUGAAUACAAUAUGAAGAAUAAAGUUAAUGCACAGAGCUUAAUAAUUAAAUUUCCUGACACGGAUCUAGAUAAGGAUAUCGUUAGCAAAUUUCAUUCUGAUAUAUUGAAUAUACAUUUUCAAAAUCCAUGUGGGCCGAGAUAUUGUUUCAUUCAGAUGGCAGAAGAUGUAAAUAUUGAUGAGGCUAUAAAAGAAUUGGAGAAAAUUAAAUUCGGUCUUGGAUAUUUGAAAGUCGAGAAAAAGAUGUUAAGAGACGAGGAUAAUCCUGAAGAGAUAGAUCCCUAUACUUUAUUUAUAGGAAACUUGCCUGAAUCUGUUAAAACAAGCGAAAUAAAAAGUAAAUUUCCAAAAGCACAAGAUGAAGAAACACGAAAGAUGAAGAAUAUGCGAAAUAUUUUAAUGAGAUAUAAUAGCGUAGAGGAUGCAAUAUCGGAUUACAAACAAGCAUAUGGUUUAAUGUGGGACAAGAGGAAUAUCAAUGUUAGAUUUAGACGAAAGAGAGGUAAUACUUGUCUUUCUGAAGAACCUAAGUCUGACGUUAAAAAAGUUAAAGAAGAACCAAAUAAUGCUACUCAAUUGGAAAAGGAACGGAACGUGAAUCACAUUGAACUUGAUAUCAAUAUUAAUGAGUUGAAAGAAGAAGAAAGUAACACUGAUGAAACAAAAGUAGAUAGAAGUAAUUGCGCGAACAAAUCAACAAAUAAAAAUAGGGACAGUAUCAAAAACGCAUUGCAAGAUAAUUCCAAUAAAGCACAAAGAAAACCAGCAUUGCACGUUCAAAAAAAUAUAAGCUCUCACUUAUCUGAGUUAUCUAUUCCGUCUGACAUCGACAUGUCUGCUAAGAUGACACUAGAAAAGCAACAACAACUUUGGUCGUUACAGUCCCUUCAAAUACCUUCAGCAUCAGAAGCACCCCCAUCAUGUCCAACCGAGACAGACAUUACCGAGGAAACGACGAUGCUUAUACAAAUCAAAGAGGAACCCGUAGAUUAUGAUGAAAUGGAUAACAUGCAGUCAGACAAUGAUGUUAACGAUGAUUAUGCUGAUGACGAUGAUAAUAAUAUUGAGGAACCGGAUGAUACUGAUGAUGAUGAAGAUAACAAUGUGGAAGACUUUGAAGAUGAAGAUGAAGAUGAAGAUAUCGACGAUGACAGAAAUGUAGCAUUUCAGACUAAAUCUUCAGAAACACAAGAUAACGAAGAACCAUCAGACAUUACAUUCAGUGUGAACUGGUACACAUUAAAUCCGUCGUAUAUAAAUAGAUAUAAAAAUCAGUGGUGUAGUUGAGCCCUGGCGGGACCUGGCGAUGCCAGGGUACUUUCUUUGGAAAGCCAAGCGUGGCAGUGCGACGUCAAGAUUCUUUCUAUAUGUUUAAAACUAAUAUUUAAAACUAAUAUUUUUAGUUUGUAUAUACAUAUAAUAAGGCGAUAAAAGAAGAAAAUGAAGCACUUAAAUAUUUAUUGAAACCUGAAUUUUGACAU